CUAUACUUCACUGCGCGUGCACAUUUGCGCGCCCGUGGGCAGAUGUGAAUUCGGGGUUGAAGUCGUUAUCCGGUAGAGGGCGGAGUGAGAGUGCGAGAGAGAAAGUGAGGAGUGGGGAAGCAGGAGCUGCAGAGGGCUGGAGCUGCGGAAAGGAGCGGAGCGGACCUGGGCUGCAGCGGAUGCCGGGUACCUGCAGCCUGAGCGCGGGCGGUGUGAGAGGCAGGAGUCGGGGGUCAUCCGGUUGAGUGAACAGGAAGGUUUAGAUUAGCACGAGUCGUGUUCUGAGAGAAUAGUCUGGUGUCCGGCGCGCGCCUACACACACACACAUCUAUCCACACACACACACGCACACUCACUGACACGUCUUAAGAACAGCGGGAGAUGCAUUACGUCAUAGCCUCCCGUCGCCCUAGAUGACCGCGCGCGCAGGACGGGAUGAUGCAGGGCUGCUGGACUAGAACGGAUUCCGCUGCUGCUGCUGCUCUCGAGCGCCCGGUGGCGGUGUCUCGACCGGACGAGGAAGAAGGGGAGCCGCCGUCGCGCGGCCGCCGGCUCUGAUGGCUCCUCGCGCCCCGGGCGGGAAAGAGACACAGCAGUCGCCGCGGCGCGAGAGGGAAGGGGGCAGCAGGUAUCUGGGAAGUGACGUGGUAUCCGCGCCCCGCGAGAAAGCACAACGGUGCGGUUGUCGUGCGUUUCGCAGGAGGGCAGGAGCGGGAAGGGGAACAUGGCCGCGCAGUCGGACGGCGGCAAAGCCGGGGUCGGGUGCGGCGGCGGCGGUUUCGCCCAGCUGUACGAUGUUGACGCCGAGGAGCCACUGGACUCCGCUGCGAUCCACAUCUGUCAGUGCUGCCGCUCCUCCGCUUGCUACUGGGGCUGCCGCUCAGCCUGCCUCGGCUCUUUGCUUGGUGGGGGCCAGCCUGCCGGCGGGGUCGGCAUCCGGGAGACUCACUGCCCACCCCGGGAGCAGCUGUGGCUGGACUGCCUCUGGAUCAUCCUCGCCCUCCUCGUCUUCUUCUGGGACGUUGGCACGGACCUCUGCUUGGCGGUGGACUACUACCGGAGGCAGGACUACCUCUGGUUCGGCCUCACUCUCUUCUUCGUGCUGGUGCCGUCGGUGCUGGUCCAGAUUCUGAGUUUCCGCUGGUUCGUGCAGGACUACACCGGCGGGGGGCUCGGGGAGGUGGAGGGGCUGACCAAGCGGGGCGCGGUGGCUCUGGGGUGCCUGUAUCCCGGCAGGGACCGCCUGCAGCUGGCCACCAUCUGGCUGUGGCAGGCCACCAUACACAUCCUCCAGCUGGGGCAAGUGUGGAGGUACAUCAGGACGCUGUAUCUGGGCGUCAUGUCGCGCCGGCAGAAGGAGCACCAGCGGCGUUGGUACUGGGCCAUGAUGUUCGAGUACGCAGACGUCAACAUGCUGCGGCUGCUGGAGACUUUCCUGGAGUCGGCGCCUCAGCUGGUCCUGCAGCUCUGUAUCAUGAUCCAGGAGAACCGAGCCGAGACGCUGCAGUGCAUCUCCUCCCUGGCCUCCCUCCUGUCUCUCGCCUGGGUUCUGGCCUCCUACCACAAGCUGUUGCGGGACUCUCGUGACGACCAGCGCAGCAUGAGCUACCGCGGGGCGCUGCUGCACCUCUUCUGGCGCCUCUUCACCAUCUCGUCUCGCGUCCUCUCACUCGCCCUCUUUGCCUCCCUCUUUCACAUCUACUUUGGCAUCUUUGUGGUACUCCACUGGUGCGCCAUGGCUUUCUGGGUGGUGCACGGGGGCACUGACUUCUGCAUGUCCAAAUGGGAGGAGGUGCUCUUCAAUAUGGUGGUUGGUAUAGUCUACAUCUUCUGCUGGUUUAACGUGAAGGAGGGCCGGACGCGGUACAGGAUGGUGGCGUACUACACUGUGGUGUUGGCUGAGAACACCAUCCUCACCGGGCUGUGGUAUGCCUACAGGGACCCAGUGUUGACCGACUCCUACGCUGUCCCAGCACUGUGCGGCGUCUACCUGACGUUUGCUGGGGGCGUUCUGGUCAUGCUGCUGUACUACGGCUUCCUGCACCCAGCUACCGCCCACCUCCAGCCGAGCCCCGCCUCGUCCUGCUGCGCCCAGCUGCUCUGGGGUCUCCCCCUACCCCCGUCUGCUCCACCGACUGCGCCGCCCACCCCGGCUCACAUGACCAAGUCGCAGACGGAAGAGGAUGUGGCUGAGACGUGUCUCCCCGUCUUCCAGGUGAGGUCAGCGCCCCCCACCUCCAAGCCCGAGGGCCCACUUAUAAAGAUCGACAUGCCCAGGAAGCGUUACCCAGCGUGGGACGCCCACUAUGUAGACAGGCGCCUGCGGAGGACUAUAAACAUCCUGCAGUACAUAACGCCAGCCGCCGUGGGCAUCCGCUACCGUGAUGGACCCCUACUGUAUGAACUGCUGCAGUAUGAGUCCUCACUCUGACACACACACACACACAAACACACCCACCCACCCUACCGUACACAUAAGCACAUGUGCCACCAUAAAAAAGAUAUGUAUGUACACAUGGAUGUUCAGAUUUAGAGAAGAUUUAGAAACACAUUCACUCACAAUGUCGCACUUGGUAUAAGCACACAGACACAAAAGCAAUCUGUCACACUUAAACAUGCGCACACACUCACAAACACAUACACUCACACAUGAUUUCCUUGCGGGCACCUACGACCUGCGAGUCCCAUGGCCAUCGACUCAACAAGCUGCUUCAGCGCGAGUCCAUCUCUAUCUCUUUUUAUCCCUCCGUCUCUCUAUUUGCAACCCCUCUGAUCGCUCUUCAUUUGGUCUCAUUUCUUAAAUUCCACGCGUCCGCGCUAUGCUGUGAAGAAAAAACAAAAAAGUGAAAAACGAGCACAGUGUCACACCUGGAGUCUUCGACCACCGCAUGCUGUUCACGUUGCGUCGCUCACACUUUCUCGGGUUUCAGUAGAAUAAAAAGACGUGACAAAGAAAGAACAAAUGUCACUUUUAAUAAAAGGAGUUUGUGAACAUGUUGUCGUUAGUCUAGUCAAAAGGUAGUGUAUAUAUUUUCUAUGUACAGAGGGGAUGUUUUUUACGUACCGCUACGUUGUUGUCGACUGGUGACAAAGCAGUUGGACGCAUUGGUUUUUGGGGUUGGUUGACUAGGUUAGUGGGAAGAAUAGCUGAGCAUGAUGGGAAAGAUGGAGACAGAAAGGGUUAUUGGCAUCAAAUGCACACUCAAAUUAAACUUAAUUUAAAUCAAAGCCACAGUUAGCUACAGUCUCUCAAUGGAAUAGUUUGACAUUUUGUGAAGUAUGCUCAGUAAUUUUGUUGCCUCAUGUCCAAGUGUGGACCUAAAGCCAGGAGUCACUUAGCUUAGUUUAGCAAAAAACUGAAAGAAGAGAAACAGCUAGCAUGGCUAUGUUUAAAGCUAAAGAAACCUGCCUACCACGACCUCUAAAGCUCAUUAUUUAACACACUGUAUUUUGUUUGCUUAAUCUGUACACAUACAGAAAUAUAAAAAUGACAAGCUGUGGGUUUAGUGUUUCGUGCUGUAACUAUUUCUUGGAAAGAUGCACUGACUUUCUGGAGGCAGCCCCUGCUUUCAGUCUUUAUGCUAAUCUGGGCUGAUUGUAUUCUGGCUGUACUUUCAAACUUAACAGAUAGAGUGGUGUCAAAUUUGUCGUGUAACUCGAAGCCAGAAAGCAAACGAUUCAAAAUGUCAGGCUAUUCCUUAAACUAUGCUAACACUUAGGCAUACACUAUGUUAAGUGACUAUUAGCAAUUAGCAUUAGAGCUAUAGUGACAUAAAAUGAGAGGUAUUAACAUCUCAAAAUAAGCGUAGCUACACUAGCUAUACAGGGAUCACUAGCAGAACAUUUUAGCAAGAUAUUAGCUUAGAUGCCAUUCUAAAUUUCAAUAAUAUUUAGGACAAAAAACAAACCUUUUCAUUGUCAAGAGGUCUUUUACAUUAGUUGUUGUCACUUUCUCUCACUCAGCACCUUGUAUGCUAAGGUGUUAGCAUGGAGAUCUACUGAGGACAGAUGAGUUAUUAAUACUAAACGUACACUAGUUAAUGUGCCAAUUUCCCUAAAACAAGCAUAUCCAAAUCCAUGUGUUUUUGAAACAUGUAGUAUUUAAAGUAGGACAUUAAACAUUGUAAAAGAUUUUACUGUUCUACUGAAGUAUUAGUGUCUGCUGAUGUUUUCAUUAUACUGAUAUUGUGCUAUAAUGGUAAUAAAUAUCACCAUUAUUUCACAACUCAUAGUAUACAGUGAAAGACAUAAAGCAGUACAUGCUUAUCACACUUUGUUUGUAUAUGCAGUCUUAGGGUCAAACAGUUGUUCUCCAUCAUUUCCUGUUAGGCUUAGAGGGGUCGUGGGAGGUUACAUUUUCUUUACUAAUUCCAUCAACAGUUGUUAAUGCUUUAAAAAAUCUGGAUGCGUCAGUUUACUUGCGUCGAUUAGACAAUGGCAAAAAUUUGAAAUUUUCCAAUUUUCAACAGAAAAAGCAAAUCCAAGACUAAUUAUUUUUGAUCUACUACUGUCUACUAGAUUUUUAUGUGUGUGAUGUCUUAAUCAUGUCGGUCCCACGCUAACAGGGUGCUGCCACUGAAGCUGAUAUAAAACAGUUUUAGACAUCAGUCGUCACAACCCUCCCGAUGACUUGUCUUCGCCUGUAUCGUGUCCAAUAUCCAACUCCUCCAAAGCCACCCACGGCUGAGCUGUGAUGUAUGGCUCAUUAUUUAUUUUUUUGUUUGUUUAUCCCUGUAAUCCAAGCUGUUACAUUGGCAGGCAACAACAAAUGAGCCGAGAUAUCAGUCAUCAGGCCGUAGACGGGAACGUCGCUCCUGAAAUCUCAUGCCGUGAUGGGGCUGCCUUAACACCAUGUGGUGGCGAGUAAAAACAAGGGUUUGGAGGGUGGUGAAAGAGUUUUUGCUGUCCAAUGCUCCACACCUUUUCUCCAGUUUCAUGUCAGCAGUAGAGCAGGUGAAACCCGGCCAUGAGCCAUUUAAGAUGGUGCAGUUAGUUAAGACGAACACACAUGCUUCUUAUUGCUGCUGUCCAAGAGGAUCAAACAGGUGGAACAGAAAGAAUUUAAGAGUGCAUAAAUAUUGCUUAAAGGGGUAUUUUAACAUAUUUUGGAGUCUCUCAUGUUUAUUUUUUUGUCCAGAUGGAUCAAAUUGAAGACAGAUUUCUCUAAUAGCAAUUAUGCUAUAAAUGUUUUCAGUGCUGAAAUAAUAACUUGAUUGGUCAACUGACAGAAAGUUACAGAAACAAUUUUGAUAAACAAUUAAGUCAUAAAUAAAGCAAAAAUGCCUAAUUACUAGCUUCUCAAUGUGACGAUUUGCUGAUUUUGAAUGAUUGGUAAGGUGUAUAAAUUUUUUAAAUAGGCUCUAAAAAGAAGUAAAUAAUAGGCAUUUCAUGACAUUUUAUUGACCAAGUAGCUGGUGACUCCUUAAGAUGAAGCAAUUUCUUCUUGCAGCUCUUUACUGAGAUAAAAUUAUUAAGUAAUUCACAGGAAUAAAAAUAAAAGAUGAAACAAAAAACAGCAUAAUUUUGUGUGGUAGUUUCUUGCGACCCUCAAUGGUAGUCCUAAUCUCCAUUUUGGGAACCACCGCUAUGGGCUUAAAUGAAUAACCUAUAACAGAUUAACUGCCAGUAAGCAUAACAUUUUUCAUCAGAAUGUGUGAAGUGUAAAAAGGAGACUGACACAAAAAAUGUUAAAAUAUCCCUUUAAAGGUGUUAUAUGUAAGUUUUUGUUAUCACUGCAUAGCCAACAUUAGCAUUAACAGCUGUUUACUUACCAGUCUAGAAGAAAUGUUCACUCUGUAAUAGUUACUCUAGCCUCCAGUCUGCUCUCAGUCCAACAUGAGAGAAUAAUGAACAUGUAACAUAACAAUAGCUGAAGCUCUUGGUAAGUAAACAGCUGUUAAUGCUAAUGUUGGCUAUGUAGCAAUAGCAAAAAAUUAUUCACACCGUGAAUAAGGAGCGAGCUUACAUUACUUUUCCGUGGUGCUAGUCGACUAAAAAAAAAAAAAGACAAAUCACUUCAUUUGCUGCAAACUGGCAAAUAGAUUCAGUAGGUGCAACCGCGCAAUGGAAGCAGCAGCAUCUGGGUUCAUAUGGUGCAACACACUCAAGCUACAGAGUCAAUUGGCUGCUAAUCCCACUUCAUAUGGUGCAAAUAUGAAACACACAUGUACUUAUGGUGCAAUAAGGGCAGAUUGUCUCUUUGAAUUCUAUGGUGCAACUUGAGUACUGCCUUCAGUUAUCGGCCAAGGCUGUGCCAAAGGCUCCGUCCAAACGGACAACUGCUCUUCCUGUCCUGCAGAAGCUAUGCAAGUCUCCAACGCAGGGAGAUGUGCUUAGUGAACAUGCUCACGACACACACACAUUUACUCACAGACACACACACACGCACACAGGGUUUUCUUCCGCAGCAGGGAGACACACAGUGAAAAGUAGUGUAAACAACAUGGGAUAUGUCCCUACCUCACCGCUUGAACACAAACAUACACAGACACUCACACACUAAUGUCCAAUAAUCCCUUACCCCUUUAUAAUUUGGGAACAAUAUUCAUAUGGUGCUAUUGAGUAAAGCUGGGUGGUUUUUGUAUAGUUGUGGUUACAGUGGUAUGAAGAAUUUAGCCAAAUAUGUUUAGAAAACCUGAGUGUUUCACAUUCAGAUUGAUUGAAUAACGUAAUUCAAUCAAUCUGACUCCUCAUGUAGAGAGUGUACAUAAAAACAGCAACACCUUCUGUCUCUGCUGAAACUGGGUGACACAUAAAAGCUACAAUGCCUUAACCGCUCGACAGAAGUGGAGGUGGAUUUUUUUUUAAGAUAUCUGAGUCAUGGUUAUGUGCAAAAAGAUGAUGAACAUUAGGAGGGUGGUGCUUAUUUUUGGUACACUCUAAUCUGGACAUGCACUGUACAUUAAGCAUGGGUUCAGUGUGUCAGAGCACAGAAAUCAAAGGAAAACAGCAUACUAUGUUAGCACGUUGUCCUAAAAACCGAAUAUGUGCCAUUUAGAGAACACAGUCAGGCAUUUUCUGUUAGUUCCACAGAUCGUGCUCGUGAAUUUCUUGCAUGAAUGUUCUAGAUUUGAGGGCACACGUGCUCUUAGGAAAAUAAAUGGUCACUGCAGAGGCUUAAAGAGUCACCGCUUCGUAUGUGCUUCUGGGUUUGUUAAAGGGAGAUUUAUGUUGACCUCCAGAGCAGCUGUCCCACUAGCUUUUCCCCCAGCACUGACCUCUGACCUUUUGACCCAAACAACACCCCCUUUGCACCCAGAGCUCCAGCCAAUCAGAGAUCAGGUUUAACACAGCCAAAUCAGGUCUGACACAACCAAAAAACACAGUUCUUCUUUAUACGGAAGCAUUCAUAGUGUGGCUUUCAGACUCAACUGUAGCCUCAUAAUCAAACUGCAGGUAUCAUCUACAUUUUGUUUUUAAGUCAGAUUACGAUUUUUAUAAUCCAGGAGUCAAAAACCCAACAGAUCCACUCUCAGUCUACAGCUGAGUCUGCACGCUACAAAUGAAACGUUUCUUCCUUCACCCAAAAAACCAGAGCCUUAGCCAGGCCCACUCUGUAGGAAAUUAAUAUCCAGUCAGUGUUAUUGUAUGGCUACACAUCCACAGCUAUGCAAGGUUGCAGACAGAAAAGUUCUGGGCUUGGAUAACCUUUACAAAAAAUACCACAUCACUGUACUCAUGUAUUGUUUGUUUUUAAUCAUUAUUUUUCGCCUUUUUUCGUUUACAAUGAAGGGGUAAAGAAAGCAGACACCAUGAAGUGUUAAUGUGCAACAAUGCUAGCAUGAUGUACCAUUUGUUUACAUUUUUUGAAACUUUUUGCUUUUGUUUAUGAUAAUCUGUGACAAUUUUUAUGCACUUAAUUUACAUCUUUCUCUAUCAAGUUUGUCUGUUGAUGGGUUAAAAUUAGUCGGGAGUGGAAAAACAGUGUAAUGCACCUUUAUCUUGGGAUUAACCGCGAUGGAUGCGACCUCCCGACUGAGGAAUGUGCAUCUGAUUGUGAAAAUCAAAACCAGAAAGGUUUUUUUUUUCUUCUUUGGAAAAACACAAAAAUGUUCCACUAUCAGGGUCUGCAAAGCAUAUGAGGCCUGUGGUUAGGCUGUGUGUGUGUAUGUGUGUGUGUGUGUGUGUGUGUGAGCAUGUGUGAUGUGCGUGUAUGUGCGAGUGCAAGCUAUCGUAUGUGUCAGUAAUGCUUCAUAUGCUUUUUUUAGCCAAAGUUUUACUUGCUUGGUCCAGAGCUGUGAAAGUAUCAUUACUCAUCGUGGUUUUGUAGAACUCGAGGCCAGACGCUAAGCUGUUUCUGAUCUCAGACCAGUUUCUACCAGAUCUGAGUUCAACUACAAUUGAAAUCCUCUCCUUCGGGAGCUGAAGAUGUUUGGCUGCUCUGGCAAAAAAAAUAAAUAAAAAGAUUUGGAAGGAUUUCAGUGGUUUGACUCAGGUCUGGAUACUAUAAGCACAGGGAAGGGUCAAACUAAACCUUAACGUGGAUGUACCUAUAAGAUGUACCAUGAGCUUUUAUUUUGUCGAGGUCAUGCUUUUCUACUGUGUUCUUCAGCUUGGAAAAAAAAAAAGUAGCUCUAGAGAUUUUGAUGUGCAAAAGUAGCUUAUAUUUUCUGUGGUUGGCAUUUUGAUUGUAAAUACCUUUUCCUGGUAAUCCUUCUCAGUUGGAUCUAUGUUCGAUGAGUUCGCUUAGAUGGCUCUUUCAAAAGUACUGGUAGUAAAUGUUCUUUAUAAAUAUCUAGAAUGUAAGACGAGAGAAGAAAAAUAUGGCUUGACUGGAAACUGUGUUUUCGUAGGAGUCUGUGCCAUUGUCUUGUCCUGAGUAUAAGCACACUGAUAUUAGAUCUGUAGGCAGGAUGAAAGUUUUGGAGGUGAUCUGCCAGACAGCCAUAAUCAACCUUUGGUUCUGUUUUUCAGAAAAAAUGAAAAGAACGACAAAACUACCAGGCAGAUCAGCUGCACUGCAAAAAACAACCAUCUCCACAAGCAACAGUUCAUGAAAAAUGAUUUUAUAUAUUGUCAUUUUACACUAUGAAAAUGAUAAAAUACAAUUAAUGCAUUUUGAGAAAUGUCUGUCUUAGAUCAAGUUUAAAAAAUAUUGCUUGAGAUAAGUUCCCAAGAAUUUAUGUUAGUGUACAGCUCUGUCCAAAGAUUAAAAAGGUGACUUGGAGUCUUGUUGACACAGUGAUGAGGUCGCUGCACCAAGAAAUAGUAUUUCUAAUUUGUACCCUCCCAAAAAACUUUCCAUUUUACUUUUGUUUGUGUAUGAAUUAAAUUAAUAAGAUAAAAAAAUUUGAUCAGUCAAAUGUUUAGGUCGACUUUCUUUUCACUGUGGACAAAGCUAGGCCCGGUCUUUGCCCUUCCAGCCUUUACCGAAACAGACAUAAGAGUGGUAUCCUCUGAUCUAACUUUCGGCAAUUAAAUGAAUGUGUAUUUUCAAAAAUUUCAAACUACUUAAAAAAAAAAAGUCAGUGGAAGUUGGUUAUUGGAUAUAAGAGGAAUAUGCGCAUCUACAGGCAGUAAUGCAAAUUCCAAAAAAUAUUAGCUCAGAGAGACUGGAAACUGUGGCUCUGACUAAUGUUUGAAAAUAAGUGGUUACCAGCAUCUUUAAAACUAUUAAAUUAAUAUAUCUCAUUAGUAAAAUCUGUACAAAAAUCAGAGCCAGGCUAGCUAUUUCCCUUAACUUCCAGCUAAGAUAACUGUCUCCUGACACUAGCUUCAUAUUUAGUUUACAGUCAUGAAAGUCGUAUCAAUUUUCUAAUCUAGCUCUUGGCUUGAAAGCAGAUAAGGCUGUGAGCACCACAGUGUUCCAUUGUAUUGGGCAGGUGUCAGAGCUCUGAAUGUGGUUAAAUAGCUUGAUGAGAUGGUCGUUCUUGCAGUGUGCAGCUGCUUGCCGAUAGGAACUUCAACAUGUAAGCACAUAUUUCAAACUUAAUGAAGAAAAUAUUCACAGAGGAACAAAACCAGUUGUCCUGCAGUGUUUGUCUUAGUGAGAGCAGCGGCUGUCUGGCUAACAUCUCCUGACUUCACUGUAGAAAUGAUGGCUGUCGUCACCAACUUUGUUCAAACUGCUCCUGCGUCAGCUCAUUAAAAAAAAAAAAAAAAAAAAAAAAAA